CCUGCUCCGACCCCCGUCGCUGCGCGCGCAGUUUCCCACAAACCCGGAAGCGGAUCGCGUGGAGUGAAGGUCACGCUGUGGCGCGACUGACUGCUGAAGUGUCAUGCUGUGUGAUAAAAAAGCCCAGAAGAGAAGGAAGAGGAAAGCAAAGGAGGCAGGGAUGGCUCUUCCUCAGGGACACUUGACAUUCACGGAUGUGGCCAUAGAAUUCUCUCAGGAGGAGUGGAAAUGCCUGGAGCCUAUGCAGAAAGCUUUGUACAAGGAUGUGAUGUUGGAGAACUACAGGAACCUGGUCUCCCUGGGAAUCUCUCUUCCUGACCUGAAUAUUAACUCCAUGUUGGAGCGAAGGAGGAAGCUCUGGUCUGGUGAGAGUGAAGUGAAAAUAGCAAAACGUUCAGACAGGAGGGAACACAUCGAAGUUGUAAACAGAGGGAGCAGCUGUGCACUGGGAGGCAGUGCAGAAAACAAACCCAUUAAAACACAGCUUGGAGGAUCCUUUCGCUUACAUCUGUCCGAACUGGAGCUAUUUCCAGAUGAAAGGGUAAUAAAUGGAUGGAAUCAAGUUGAAAACUUCAUCAACCACAGUUCCUCUGUUUCAGCUCUUCAAGAAAUUUCUUCCAGUGUCAAAACCCCUGUUUUUAAUAGGAAUGAUUUUGUUGAUUCUUCAUUACUCCUGCAGGAACAGAAAGUACGUAUUAGAGAAAAACCUUAUAAAUGUAAUGAGCAUAGCAAAGUCUUUAGAAUGUCUUCCAGCCUGACUAACCAUCAAGUAAUCCAUACCACAGAGAAACCUUAUAAAUGUAAUGAAUGUGGCAAGGUCUUUAGUCGUAAUUCACACCUUGCAGAACAUUGGAGAAUUCAUACUGGAGAGAAGCCUUAUAAAUGUAACGACUGUGGCAAGGUUUUUAGUUACAAUUCAAACUUUGCACGACAUCAAAGAAUUCAUAUCAGAGAGAAGCCUUAUGAAUGUAAUGAAUGUGGUAAAGUCUUCAGCAAUAAUUCUUACCUCACACGACAUCAAAGAAUUCAUGCUGAAGAGAAACCUUACAAAUGUAACGAAUGUGGUAAGGGCUUCAGUCACAAGUCAUCUCUAGCAAAUCACUGGAGAAUUUAUACUGGAGAGAAGCCUUACAAAUGUGAUGAAUGUGGCAAGGCCUUCUAUAGAAUUGCGCUCCUUGUACGACAUCAGAAAAUUCAUACUGGAGAAAAACCUUACAAAUGUAACGAAUGUGGUAAGGUCUUUAUUCAGAAUUCACACCUAGCACAGCAUUGGAGAAUUCAUACGGGAGAGAAACCUUACAAAUGUAAUGAAUGUGGAAAACUAUUUAAUCAACUUUCAAAUCUCGCACGACAUCGAAGAAUUCACACUGGAGAGAAGCCUUACAAAUGUAAGGAAUGCGGUAAAGCAUUUAGUGAGUAUUCGGGCCUUACAGCCCAUCUUGUAAUCCACACUGGAGAGAAGCCUUACAAAUGUAAUGAAUGCGGCAAGGCAUUCAGGCACAAGUUGUCCCUAACCAAUCAUCAGAGAAUUCAUACUGGUGAAAGACCUUACAGAUGUAAUGAGUGUGGCAAGGUUUUCAAUCGGAUUGCACACCUUGCACGACAUCGGAAAACUCAUACUGGAGAGAAACCUUACAAAUGUAAUGAGUGCGAUAAGGCCUUCAGUCGCAUUUCAUACCUGGCACAACAUUGGACGGUUCAUAUGGGAUAGAAACUACACAUGUAAUAAAUAUGUUAAAGGAUUUAGUGUGCACUCAAGCCUUCCUACCCAUCUCUUAUUCUAUACUGCAAAGAAAUUUGCAAAUGUAAAAAUAUGACAAGGUCUUCAAACACAACUUUUUCUAAUAAUUCAUUAGAGAAUAUAUCAAGAACAUUCAUCACGAUUGUAAUGAAAGUGUGGAAAGUCUUCAGCAAAAUUUCCCACCUUGCGAAAGGAGAUCUAAAGAGUAGGAAAUGACAAAGGAGACAUUACCACCAACCCCACAGAAAUAUAAAAAACCCUCAGAUUACUUUGAACACCUGUAUGCACAAACUAGGAAACCUAGAAGAAAUCGAUAAAUUGCUGGAAAGAUAUAACCCACCCAAGACUGAAUGAAGAAAACAUUCUAAAAUUUAUUUGGAACCAGAAGAGCCUAACCCAAGAAGAAAUUGCAAUCCUAAACAAACCAAUAGUGAGUUCCCAAAUUGAAUCAGUAAUUAAAAAGCUAUCAAAAAAGCUCUGGACCUGACAGAUUUAUAGUUGAAUUCAACCAGAUUAUAAAGAAGAGCUGUUACCAGUUUUACUGAAACUAUUCAAAACAUAGAUCCAGAGGGACUCCUAUCUGAUUAUAUGAGGCCAGCUUCAUUCUAAUACCAAAACCUGACAGACCCAGUGAAAAAAGAAAACUUCAGGCCAGUAUUCUUGGUUAAUAUAGAUGCAGAAAUCCUCAAUAAACUAGUAGUAAACCAGAUCCAUCUGCACAUCAAAAAGCUAAUCCACCAUGAUCAAGCAGGCUUUACUGUUGGACUGCAAGGUUGGUUCAGGAUACACAAAUCAAUAAAUGUGACGCAUCAUAUACACAGAAGUAAAAACAAAAACCACGUGACCAUGAUCAUCUCUUUAUAUGCAGAAAGGUUUUUAUUACAAUUCAAUAUCCCUUCACAUUAAAAGCCCUCAACAAAUUACACAUCGAGGGAACAUACUUAUAAGAACCAUCUAUGAUGGACCCAUAGCCAACACAAUACUGAAUGGGCAAAAGGUGGGAGCAUUCCCCUUGAGAACUGUAACACAACAGGGCUGACCAUUCUCACCACUUCUAUUCAACAGAGUCCUGUAAAUCCUAAGCUGAGCAGUCAGGAAAGAUAAAGAAAAGGCAUAUACAAAUAGGAAGAGAGGAAGGCAGUAUCUCUUGUAGAUGAUAUGAUUCUGUACUUAGAAAACCCGUAGUCUCUGCCCAAAGGCUCCUAGAUCUGAUACACAACUUCAGAAGUUUCGGGAUACAAAAUCUAUAUGCAAAAAUUAGUUGCGUAUUUAUACACCAGUAAUGUCCAAGCUAUGAGCCAAACCAAGAACACGACCCCAUUCACAGUAGCCACAAAAAGUAUAAAACAGGAAUACAGCUAAACAGAUAAGUGAACAAUCUCUACGAUGAGAAUUACAAAGCAGUCAGAGAAAUCAGAAACAACACAAAUUGAAAAGUAUUUCCUGAACAUGGGUAGGAAGAAUCAAUAUUGUUAAAAUGCUGCCCAAAGCAAUUUGCAGAGCUAAUGCUAUUUCUGUCAAACUACCAAUGACAUUUUUCACAGAAUUAGAAAGCAUUCUAAAACGUAUUUGGAACCAGAAGAGCCCAACCUAAAUAGCAAAAGCAAUCCUUAAACAAAAAGCAAAGUUUGAGGCAUCAAACUCUAACCUUCAAACCAUACUACAAGGUUACAGUAACCAAAACAGGAUGGUACUGGUACAAAAACAGUCACACAGAUCAAUGGAAUCGAUUAGAGGAUCCAGAAAUAAAGGCGGAUACCUACAGUCCUCUGAUCCUCAACAAAGCUGACAGGCAAUGAAGAAGUUCAUUCAGUAAACGGUGCUGGUGUAAAUGACUAGCCAUAUGCAGAACAUUGAAACUGGACCCCUACUCUUCACAGUAUACAAAAAUCAACUCGAGAUGGAUUCAAGACUUAAGUGUAAAACUACUAAAUCCCUAGAAGAAAACCAAGGAAAUGCCAUUCCAGACAUAAGCCUGGGAAAAGACUUAAUGAUGAAGACCCCAGUUUUUUGUUUUUGUUUUUCAUGAUCCAGUAGGGUUUAUUUUUUGACAUACAUGAGGUGGGGCACAGUGUCAUGCCUACAAUCCCAGCACUUUGAGAGGCUGAGGCAGGCAGAUCAUCUGAGGUCAGAAGUUAAAGACCAGCCAACUAAUGUGAAACUCUUCUCUACUAUAAAUACAAAAAUUAGCCAGGCAUGGUAGACAGCACCUAUAAUCCAGCUGCUUGGGAGGCUGAGGCAGGAGAAUGGCUUGAACCCGGAAGAUAGGUUACAGUAAGCUGAGAUAGCACCAUGGCACUCCAGCCUGGGCAAAAGAGCAAGAGUCCUUUCUAAGCUUCCAGGGUUCCUGGCAUCUCAGCUGUGGUUCUCCAGUACCAGCAGGACACCAGGCCACAAGAGACUGGGCCUCUAGUAGCAGAAGUCAGCGAACGGCGAAGACAAGAGCCAGAACUCUGGUUGCAGCAAGCCACAAAGCCACUGCCACAUCCCAGAAGACCCCAAUUUUUGAUGAAAACAAAAAUUGACAGGUGGGACCUAAUUAAAUAACUCCCGCACAGCAAAAAAAAAAAAAAAGCUAUUAACAGAGUAAACAGACAGCCUACAGAAUGGGAGGAAAUGUUUACAGACUGCAUCUGAUCAAGAUCUCUUCCAGAAUCUCUAAAGAACUCAAAUCACCAAUGAAAAAACAACCCCAUUAAUAACUGGGCCAAGCACAUAAAUAGAUGCUUCUCAAAAGAAGACAUACAUGCUGCCAAUAAGCAUAUGAGAAAAAUGGUUAUUAUCACUAAUCAUUAAGGAAAUGCAGUCGAAGCCACGAUGAGAGACUGUCUGACAUCUGUCAGAAUGGGUGAGUCUAAUACAUGCUGGUAAGCCAACAGAGAAAGGGAAAUACUUACACAUGGCUGGUGGGAAUGUAAAUUAAUCCAGCCAUUGUGGAAAGCAGUGCAGUGAUUUCCCAAAGACUUAAAACCACAUAGCAUUCAACCUAGCAUCCCAUUACUGGGUUUAUACCUAAAGGAAUAUAAUCAUUUACCAUAAAGAUACAUACAUGUGUAUGUUAAUUGCAGUACUAUUCACAAUAGCAAAGACAUGGGAUCAACCUAAAUGCCCAACACCAGACCAGAUAAAGAAACUGGUACAUGUGCACCAUGGAAUACGAUGCAGCCGUCAAAAAGAACAAGAUUGUGUACUUUACAGCAACAUGGAUGGAGCUGAGGCUAUUAUCCUAAGUCAAUUAACGCAGGAACAGAAAUAAAAUAUCCCAUGUUCACUUAUAAGUGGGAGCUAAACAUUGAAUACACAUGUACUCACAGGUGGGUACAGUAGACACUGGGGCUUAUUUAAGGGUGGAGGUUGGGAAGAGAUGAAGAUUUAAUAACUAGCUGUUGGGUAUUAUGCUGAUUACUGGGUGACAAAAUUGUACACCUAACUUUUGCAACAUACAGUUGAGUUAUGUACACAAACUCCUUGAACCUAAAAUAAAACAGGAAAAAAAGCAAAUUUCA